GGUAGAGAGAGAGAGAGAGAGAGAGAGAGAGAGAGAGAUGUUAAUAAACACAGAAACAAAAAUCCUACUGGAAUUAUUAGAUUUUCUCACACAAUUUAAUUUGAAUUUAAUCUGCCCCCAUUAAAUCACACACACACACGCACACACAAACACGCACAAUUUGGUAUUUGUUUGACGGAAAAAAGCAGAAAAGGAAAAAAAUCUGUAAUCUGGGAAUCCACGGAUUUGAAAAACAAAAAUGAGCAGUAAUUGAUGGAGUGAGGCAAAAUCCGGGGUGGAGGUUUAAGAGAGAGGGGGUUGUUGUCUGGUCUGCAUGCACGACAUUUUGCAACACACCCCUCUUUUGCUCCACCAUUACACCAUCACCAUUGUCUGUUUCCGAGCUUUCAAUUUUCAAUAUUUUUUUUUUUUUUGUUUUAAAAUCAUAAAAUUGAACUGCAUUUGCAUCAUAAACCAGUUUUUUUGAGGUCGCCGUCUUGCUCUUCCGCUGCGGAAGGUGAAUAAUCAUAGAAAUGGGGUCUGGUAGGCGAGAUGAAUCUUCGCAGAAAGCGAUUGAGGGUGAGUUGGUUGAUUCUGGGAAUAGGCUUUUCAAGCUUCGUUCAUCAACCGAUGACCUACUCCCCCAUGUUGAGAGAGUAGAGAGACUUUUAGCUCAGGUAUGGCAAAAGCCUCCUAUGUCAACAUGUAGGUCACUUCUUCCUCUCAUGAAGGCACUCAUGACCGAUGAAGUGUCGCGCCAUCAAAAUUUAAAUGUCCAAAUUGCCCUCGCAUCGUGUUUUAACGAGCUCACAAGAAUUACUGCUCCAGACCCCCCUUAUGAUGAUGACCUAAUGCUGGUAUUCUUUCGGUUAUAUAUGAUUGCAUUUAAGCAGUUGCCAUGCGAGACCGGUCCCAACUUCUCUAGGGCUUUGAAAAUUCUCGAAACUAUGGCGAAGGUGAGAUCGUCGCUUAUGUUGCUGGACAUAGAUACAGAUGGUUCUCUCAUUGUAGAGAUGGUCCAACUUUUUCUCGAUAACAUUAGGUCCAGUCACCCUUUCGAUGUGUUCCAGUACAUGGAAAUGAUAAUGACUAUGGUGAUACAAGAAAGCGACUCAAUCUCGAACGACCUUUUGAUUCCCCUUCUAGCUAGUGUGAAAAUGGAAAACAAGGAUGGUUCACCUAUUUCAUGGGAGUUAGGGAAGAAAAUCUUCGAAAAUUGUGCGGCCAAACUCCAUCGUUGUCUUAGAGAAGCAGUGAGGACAAUGAAUCUGAAAAUCGAGGAUUAUGCUGAAAUAGUUGGUUCGAUAAUCCACGAUGCAUCACUUGGGAGAAACAUGGUGUCGGAAGAAGUUGCACCAACUGUUGGUGACGUGGCGUCCCCAUCAGACGAAGUUCCCAAUGCUAUUAAUGAAGAUUCCGAUGCUCAAGCGAAUAACGACAGUGAAGCAACAGAAUCCGACAAUGAAAAGUCAUCGGAGAAAAUAAAGGACAAUAUAGGUCGAAGGAGAAGGGGCAGAAAACCCAAUUCUCUGAUAAGACCGGAGGAGGGAUAUAAAGGAUCUUGGAUGACAGGUGGCAAGUCCGCUGACUUGUCGUCUGAUGGCAUCCUAAGUAAUUCUUCGGAGAAGAGAAAUGAUUCUUUUAGUGAAGGAAGUAUUCUGAAAAGGGAUCAGCCAAAGAAGAAGAAGAGUAAGGACAAUGAUGUUGAAUUUUCGUCAGCGUUGAAAAGGAAAAUUUCGCAGAGUAAAGUGGAGAAAGGUCAAAAUAGUCAAAAGAAGAUAGGUAACGGGGCUAUUGCUGGAUCUAGUAGUAAUGGAGUGGAGAAAGAAGGAGGCAAAUACGAGUUAUCUCAAGAACAAAAUGGGAGGAAAGAAAACAAUAUGGAGGAGUUUUCGAUGUCUAAGCCUGCAAAAGCCAAAGGCCCGAGCAAAAAUGACAAGGAAAAGAAGUCAAGAAGACCCCGAGUUGCUUGCGGAGAGGAGUUGGUUAAUUUAAGGAUACAGGUCUGGUGGCCGAUGGACGAAACGUUCUAUACCGGCACUGUCAAGGAUUUCGAUCCUGUGACGAAGAAGCACACGAUUCUGUAUGAUGACGAUGAAACCGAAACAUUGAACCUCAGAAAAGAAACAUGGGAACUUUUUGUCGAGCCGAAUACACAAAAACAAGAAGCUGACGGCCCAUCUCUUCCCAAAGAGAGUAUCAAGACUCGGGAAAAACCCGCAAAAAGGAAAGCGGUCUCGUCAAGAAAAGAAAAUGCCACCUCAUCAUCUAAAAGAUCAAAGAGUGAAGAUUGCAGUGUCGAUAAAAAUGCUGCACCUGAAAUCAUAAAUGUGGAUGACAAUGAUGCCUGCGAAACAAAUGUCUCGACAAAUAUUGAUGGAGAGAAUCUUGCAAGCAAGGAAGAGUCCGGAACAUUCUUGAAGAAAACGGAAGUUACUGCAAUUCCCAUAUGAUGCAACCAAGGCCUAAAUUCCAAACAUACAGAAAUCGAUUUAUUUUCGAAUUAGCUAGCAUAACAAAAAGAAAUGAGUAUAUCAUGGCCUCAUCUUGACUUGAUCCAUCGGACAAACUCCAUCAACAUAUAAUUUAGGCUAUGGUAUGAACUUAGUCAUCUCGUUUAUUUUUGUACGACAUUAAAUUAUUUUCUUAGCUUUCGAAAUACUCGAGCGUAUGGGGCUGUAUUUGGCCAAAUUUUCCUUUUCAUUUGCUCUCUUGAUACCUGGAUUUUGCAGAGUUAGUAGACUUUAAACAAGAAAGUGCUCCUUGUUGUGUGUGUUUUCGGGUUUUUUUUUUUUUUUGCAAGGGCGAAAACGUAUUUUUGCUUUGUGGUAUCCAAGGUUUUGAUCCAUUGUUUUAGGAAUUUUCAGCUGAUAUAUAAAUAUUGUGUUUGUAGCUUCAA